AUGAAUCUUGCCUGCUUCUCCAAAACACCGUUUCUCGAUAAUCCGCUCGAGACCAAGGACGAUCUUCGCCGCUUCUGCGUAGGGAUCCUCGACCCCCUCGCAGCGCACACCUCACCCGCCGGCGCACGCGUUCACAUCGGCUACACAGGCACGCACUAUGACGAGACUGCAGCUCAGCUCGAAGGUUUCUCGCGUCCGAUCUGGGGCCUCGCCGCGUUGCUCGCGGGAGGCGGCCAAUACGAGGGCAAGGAGCGUUGGGUUCGCGGGUUUGAGAGCGGCACAAAUCCCGACCACGAAGAGUUCUGGGGAGAUAUGAGAGACAAGGAUCAGAGGAUGGUUGAGUGCUCUGCGAUCGGCUAUUCCAUAGCUAUAGCCAAGGAGCAUCUCUGGGAUCCGCUCUCCGACGCUGGCAAGGAGAAUCUGGGUCGCUGGCUGGGAGGUAUGAACAAUAAGGAGAUGCCCAACACCAACUGGCUCUGGUUCCGGGUCUUUGCCAAUCUCGGACUUCAUAAGGUCGGAUCACAGUUCGCCGACGUGGAUCGCAUGAAGGCGGAUUUGGACCACCUCGAUACCUUCUAUAUCGGCGACGGUUGGUCGCGCGACGGGCCAGAAGGCGUCAUCAUGCUUGACUACUACGCGUCUUCCUUCGCGAUCCAAUACGCUCAGUUAGUGUACUCGAAGCUUGCACGGGAGGUGGACCCAGCCCGCUGUGAAGAGUUCCGCAGGCGCGCUUUCCAGUUUGCCCAGGACUUUGUGCACUACUUUGAUGAAGAAGGGAAGGCCAUCACAUUCGGUCGCAGCCUAACAUAUCGCUUCGCCAUGUCCUCCUUUUGGGGCGCCGUCGCCUUCGCCGAUCUUGAAUUGCCCGCGCCGCUGACUUGGGGCGUUAUCAAAGGCCUUCAAUUACGCAACCUGCGAUACUGGAUGCGACAACCCGGCGCCUACAAUGCCGACGGCACGUUCACUAUCGGCUACUGCUACCCGAACUUUGCUUUCACAGAAAACUACAACUCACCGGGCUCUCCGUAUUGGGCAUGCAAAUCCUUCAUCGCCCUCAACCUCCCUGAGACGCACCCGUUUUGGGCGAGUAAGGAGGAGCCGUACCCGCAAGCCCUGCGCAACACCCUCAAGAUACUCAAGCACCCCUUACAUAUCGCUACUAAUCUAGGCGACCAUACAUAUGUCCUGUCUUCUGGCCAACAAGCUUCGUACGCGCUCAGGGCAAGCGCCGCGAAGUACGGAAAGUUCUCCUAUAGUAGCGCGUUCGGUUACAGUGUGCCUGUCGGGCAUCAAACGCUGGAGGAACAAGGCGGUGAUAGUGCGCUCUUGCUCAGCGACGACGGAGGGGAGUCCUGGAGGGUCCGUCGUCUGACGCGCGAAGCACGUUUUGAAACCUCGGCGGAUGGUCGCACGACGUGGCUGCGCUCGAUGUGGUAUCCUUGGCCCGAUGUUGCGGUCGAGACCUGGCUCGUCCCUCCAGCGGAAGACACCCCUCUGUGGUACAUCCGCGUUCACCGUGUGCGGAGCGCGCGCAAACUGCAGUCUGCUGAGGGCGCUUGGGCGAUCUAUGGGCAGCGCGGUGAUGGGCGUCAUCUCGAUACUUCGCAGGGCGAGGACAUAGGCACGCUCGAAUCCGUAGGCAGCGCGCGAGCGACGUCAUUGAGUGGUGUGUCUGCUAUCGCUGCUCUCGAGCCGUCAUCUGGACGUGCAGGCAAGGCCGUGCGUAUGGAUGCAGGCAGCAACUUGAUGGUCCCGCGAUCCAUCUUGCCGACCCUUUUGGGUGAGCAUGACGCGGCCGGGGCGGAUGAGUGGCUCGUCACCUCCGUCUUCGGUCUGCCUGCCAUCGCAAAUCAAGGUGCAGCGCCUGGCUGGGAGACAGAAUGGAAGAAGAAACCUGUCAUACCCAGCGAGAUUCUGACUCUGGUGCGCAAGACCGAACGCUCAGGAAACGUUCCAGAAGUUUGA